CUACUCUUUGUAAAUAUGACUAAAACCUUCACUAUAGAAGAAGUAGCUAAACAUACUGCUCCAAACGACUGCUGGAUUAUUAUUCAUGAUGGUGUAUAUGAUGUUACUGAAUUCCUUAAUGACCAUCCAGGUGGUAAAAAGAUCUUGUUAAAGAAUGCUGGUGUGGAUGCUACACAAAAAUUUGAUUCUUUUCAUAAUGCUUCUGUCUUGUCAAAAUUGGGUGCCAAUUAUUUGAUUGGAAAACUCGGUUCGGCUGAACCUGAAGAAACUGCGGAAACUGAUGAAGUGGAAGAUAUCAAUCCUUUAGUUGUAGGUAAACCUUUUGGUGAUAUGGUACCUUAUUCUGAUCCAAUGUGGUAUCAAGAUUGGUAUAGUCCUUAUUAUAAUGAUUCUCAUCGUGCAGUACGUAAAGCUGUUCGUGAAUUUGUUGAAAAAGAAGUGAUGCCUUUCUGUCAUGAAUGGGAUGAAGCCAAACAACUACCUCGUGAAUUAUAUAUCAAGGCAGCAAAAGCAGGGAUUCUUGCUGGAUGUAUUGCUCAAGUCAGUGAUCCUUCCAUGGUACCUUAUGGUAUGCCAGGUGGUGUCAAAUACGAAGAUUUUGAUGCAUUCCAUCGUAUGAUUACUUUGGAUGAAUUAUCACGUUGCGCUUCAGGAGGCGUGACUUGGGGUUUAAUUGGUGGUCUUGGUAUUGGUAUUGGUCCUAUUAUUCAUUUUGCUUCCAAAGAACUUCAAGAGUUGGUCAUUCGUGAUUGUUUAAAUGGUACCAAGAAUAUUUGUCUAGCUAUUACUGAACCUUCUGGUGGUUCAGAUGUUGCCAAUUUAACUACAGAAGCAAAAGAUAUGGGUGAUUACUUCUUGGUCAAUGGUGAAAAGAAAUGGAUUACCAAUGGUGUAUUUGCCGAUUUCUUCAGUGUGGCUGUUCGUACUGGUAAACCUGGAUUUGGUGGUAUUUCCUUCUUGUUGAUUGAACGUAAUAUGCCUGGUGUUACUACUCGUCAAAUGAAUUGUUCUGGUGUUUGGUCUUCUGGCACUGCUUACAUUACUUUUGAAGAUGUUAAAGUACCUAAAUCUCAUGUUAUUGGCAAGGUUGACAAAGGAUUCAAAUAUAUCAUGGAAAAUUUCAAUCCUGAACGUGUUGGUUGUAUUAUUCAAGCCAAUCGAUUUGCCCGUGUAUGUAUUGAAGAAUCUAUUACUUAUGGUAAUAAACGUGAAACAUUUGGCAAGAAGUUGAUUGAUCAUCCUGUUAUUCGAAAUAAAUUGGCCAAUAUGAUUCGAAAAGUUGAAGCUACACACGCAUGGUUAGAAUCUCUUGUAUAUCAAACAACACAAAUGGAACCAAGUAUUCAAGCAGUACGUCUUGGUGGUCCUAUUGCUCUCUGUAAAGCUCAAGCAUCUCGUACUUUUGAAUAUUGUGCUCGUGAAGCUGCACAAAUCUUUGGUGGUCUAGCUUAUACUCGAGGUGGUCAAGGUGAAAAAGUGGAACGAUUAUAUAGAGAAGUUAGAGCCUAUGCUAUUCCUGGUGGAUCUGAAGAAAUCAUGCUUGACCUUGGUGUUCGACAAUCUAUCAAGGUUGGUCAAUUCAUGGGUGCCAGAAUGUAA